GUUAUCAGCCGUAGUUAGCUCCGUAAUGGACAUCGUGCCGUUCUCAACGGCCUCGGGCAACAACGGUGACGGUGGUAUUGGUGGUAGACAGGAGCAGGAAGCGAACCAGUACUUCUUGCAUUUGUUGCAGGAGAAUACUCAGGUGAACUUGUUCCUGAAUGACCCCCGCAUUCAAAGUGCCUUGGAGCUUCGCGCGGAACAACGACAUCGAUUUGCAUUGGACAACGUGUACGCCGAAGCCAACGCAUACAUUGCACACCUAGAGGCAACAGCGGAUGCGAAUCAUCGUCAACAGCUAGCAUUUGUGAGCCAAUCCACACACCUGUUGGUGGGACAGCUACACAAUGAAGUACGAGUUCUAGAGACAAUUGCCCGAUCAGAACGACAAUCAGCCAAUGAGCUGCAGGCACAGCUGGCACGCGCACAAAGGGAAAGUCAUGAUGAAAGGUCUAUGGCCAUGCAGUUUGAUGCACAUCGAUCCGAGCUGGAAGCAGCAGCGCGCACGCUCACUGCGGAAAACAGACAGCAUGAACGCCGUUUCGCGGAAUUGCGCUCGAGUAUUGAAGAAAACCACAGUGAGAUGAUUGCCUUUUUAGGGUCUGAGUUUGAGGAAAAGCUUCAAUGGGAAGAAAACGAGUAUUACCAUAGGCUAACCUCGGAGGCACAGCAGUAUGAUAGCUUGGUUGAUGACCUGCAGGACAGGAACGCGGAGCUUAUAGCUGAGGUCGACUCACUCAGGACUGUCUUGUCGACAGCGGAGAGUAGCCCACCGCAAAGUGGUGCCGUGCCGGUGAAAGUCGAUCCCAGUGAGAGCUCCAAACUUCAACCAAGCCCACCGCAAGGUGGUGCCGCAGCGACAAGCCCUGCUACGCUUUCCAGCGUGGGAAGUGCCCACGAGGUGAUAAGUAAAGGCGGUAAAGGUGGGGAGAAGAAGGAUACCUCCAAGAUUCCUUGCAUCUUUUACCCCAAAGGCACCUGCAAGAACGGUAAGAAUUGCCCAUUCAUGCACAAGGAUGCCGCUCCCUCUGUCCCGGCCAAAGGCGAUAAGGCUGGCAAGGACGGGAAGAGAUCGCCCUCCGGCAAGCGCAGGCGACCCAGUAAGAAAAGGCCAAAGAGUGAGGACAAGCCAGCCGCUUGCUGUCUUUCCCUCACAGCCACCCUCACGGGUGAGCCACCGGCCGAUGCUGUGAAGGCCUACGCAGUAGCAGCCCGCAAGGGCACUGCCGGAAAGCCCCGAAGCAGGAAAGUCCAGUUCCUAAGGCCAGAAAUCAUUGACAUCCCGCCUGAGGGUGAAGGCUGGAGCUUCGUACCAGACAAGCACAAGUUCGAAUUCAGGUACAAGUCUGCGGAGCUAUGCCCACCAUCUAUUCCAGAGGACACCGAAGAAGCUUUGCAAAAUGCCCGUCACUUGGAAUCAGCAGUGAACGGGAUGAAGCUUAAGGAUUCUGCAUUCACUGCAAAGAAGCUAUUCCCCUGCCCCAACGUGCUGCAGCGGCGGUGA